GAAAGCAACAUGGGUCACCAGCAGCUCUAUUGGAUCCAUCAGAGAAAAUUCGGCCAGAGUUCUCGCUCUUGCUGGGUCUGCUCAAACCACCAUGGUCUGAUCCAAAAAUACGGCCUCAAAAUGUGCCGCCAGCGUUUCCACCAGUAUGCGAACGACAUCAGCUUCGUUAAGUUGGACUAA